UUUACAGCGGAUAAAUGUUUGACAUUCAAAAACGUAAAAAUAUAAAAGUUAAAAUCAAAUCCGGCCUUAAGAAGGCUGCACGGGCGGCCGACGAAACUGAGGAAAAACAGCUAUUGGGCGAAGCAGAGCAUAUUGCAAUGGCAGAAACUAAAGAAAGCAGGCACAUAGUGAUGUUCCCUUACAUGGCGCAGGGCCAUUUCAUUCCCUUCCUCAGCCUGGCUAAAAUGCUUACUUCCCAAGGCCUCAACGUCAGCUUUAUCACCACCACUGCCUCUGCCCCCAAAUUGCAAUCGCAGGCGCUUGGAUCCUCCAUUUGUAUAGUUCCUCUUUAUUUCCCGCUCAUCCCCGGCCUUCCCCCUGGCUGCGAAAGCACCGACGUUCUUUCCUACAUCGAAGCCCAGUUGCUGUUUGUGUCUUCGCACAAGCUUUCCCACCCAUUUGAAGACUGGCUGGAGCAGGUCAUGGCAGAAACCUCACGGAAGCCCGCCUGCAUCAUAAGCGACGUUUUCUUACCCUGGACAGCACAAUCGGCUUCCAAAUUCGGGAUUCCGCGUGUGGUGUUCCAAACAACAGGGGCAAUGGCGGCUUCUCUUCUGCAAUUUCUCUUUACAAAUCCGGACUCGGAAAUAAUACGCGACCGCCAAAUCAUAGAGAUUCGGGAUCGCUGUAUCAAUAUGAAUCUGAGGCGUUCAGAGCUGCCCCACAUGCUUAGAAGCGAGUUGUCUUAUUCAUCUUACCCUGUGCUUCCAGUGCUUCAGCAGGCCUAUGGCUUGGGGAAAGAAAGCUGCGCUGCAACGCUUGUCAAUACUUUUGACGGGCUCGAAGCAGAGUAUGUGAAAUAUUUAGAGGAAUCUACAGGAAAGCCCGUGUGGAGCAUAGCUUCUCCUCUACACAAACCCCAAUUUGGGAUCGAAAAUGAAUCAGAGUGCAUCCGUUGGCUGGACACACAAAAGGAAAACUCUGUCAUUUACAUCUCGUUUGGAUCUCAGGCUUUUCUUUCAGAAGACCAAACGAAAGCGCUCGCAAGGAGCAUCGUAGCCAGUAAUCAGCCUUUCAUUUGGACGAUAAAGGAUCCAGUUGGAGGCCACGUUAAUUCCUGUGAUUUCCUUCCCGAGGGUUUCAUGGAAGCAACGAGAGACAGAGGAAUGGUAAUCCACGGGUGGGUGCCUCAGCGCCUAAUUCUGUCCCAUCCUUCAACUGUGUUUUUUAUGAGUCACUGUGGUUGGAAUUCGACAUUAGAGAGUAUCAGCGCUGGAGUGCCAAUGCUGGUCUGGCCGAUGGCGUUCGAUCAAUUUGCUAACGCCAGAUUGGUAAUUGAGCAGUUGGGGUUUGGUAUGCAGAUCUGCGAAGGAUAUGACGCCAUUCCCAGUAGUGAUACUGUGGAAAACACAGUGAAAGAAGCCAUGACAGCGGAAAUUGGAAAAGAACUGCGUCAACGCGCACUGCAAAUUAAGGAAUCCAUUAAUGAAGCAUCCUGCAAGUUAAGCGUUAAAGCGUUUGUAUCUUACGUUUUCAGCCUCGGCUUCGAUGCUAAUAAGUGAUAAUAUUUUAUUGUAUCUGCAGCUAAUCAGUGAGAAUUUUCUUCA